GGGUAAAAUGGGUAUCCUCUGUAGUCUGUUGCUACAUGACUUUUUUUUCUUUUUAUUUAGAUUGCAGCAAAAAUUGGUGGAGACGCAGGGACCUCAAUGAACUCGAACGACUACGGUUAUGGAGGACAAAAAAGACCUCUUGAGGAUGGAGAUGGCUCUUGGACAAGUCUGAGCAGUACAGCACACUGGGAGGGAAUGCCCUCUCCUUUUAAAGAUCAACCAGAUGCUAAGAAAGUUGCACCUCAGAAUGAUUCUUUUGGAACCCAGAUGCCACCAAUGCAUCAACAGCAAAGAUCUGUAAUGACAGAGGAGUACAAGGUUCCAGAUGGAAUGGUUGGAUUCAUAAUCGGCAGAGGAGGAGAACAGAUCUCGCGCAUACAGCAAGAAUCUGGAUGUAAAAUACAGAUAGCUCCUGAUAGUGGUGGCCUGCCUGAAAGAUCUUGUAUGUUAACUGGAACACCCGAAUCUGUCCAGUCUGCAAAGAGAUUACUUGAUCAGAUAGUUGAAAAGGGAAGACCUGCACCUGGCUUUCAUCAUGGUGAUGGACCUGGAAAUGCAGUGCAAGAAAUUAUGAUUCCAGCCAGUAAGGCAGGGUUAGUUAUUGGAAAAGGUGGAGAGACAAUUAAGCAACUUCAGGAACGAGCAGGAGUCAAAAUGGUCAUGAUUCAAGAUGGGCCACAGAACACUGGCGCGGACAAGCCUCUUAGGAUAACAGGAGACCCAUACAAAGUUCAACAAGCCAAGGAAAUGGUGUUGGAGCUAAUUCGUGACCAAGGUGGCUUUAGAGAGGUGCGCAACGAAUAUGGGUCAAGAAUAGGAGGAAAUGAAGGGAUAGACGUUCCAAUACCGCGAUUUGCUGUAGGUAUAGUAAUUGGAAGAAAUGGAGAGAUGAUCAAAAAAAUACAGAAUGAUGCUGGUGUUAGGAUCCAGUUCAAACCAGAUGAUGGAACAACUCCAGAUAGAAUAGCCCAAAUCACAGGGCCUCCAGACAGAUGCCAGCAUGCUGCAGAAAUUAUAACAGAUCUCCUUCGCAGUGUUCAGGCUGGUAAUCCUGGAGGACCAGGACCAGGUGGUCGUGGAAGGGGUAGAGGCCAAGGCAACUGGAACAUGGGGCCUCCUGGUGGAUUACAGGAAUUCAAUUUUAUUGUACCCACUGGAAAAACUGGAUUAAUCAUUGGCAAAGGAGGUGAAACUAUCAAAAGCAUAAGCCAGCAGUCUGGUGCUAGAAUAGAACUUCAGAGAAAUCCACCACCAAAUGCAGAUCCAAACAUGAAAAUGUUUACUAUCCGUGGGACACCACAGCAGAUUGAUUAUGCUCGGCAACUUAUAGAAGAAAAAAUUGGAGGUCCAGUAAAUCCUUUGGGUCCACCUGUUCCUCAUGGGCCCCAUGGUGUUGUUCCUGGCCCACAUGGACCUCCUGGACCGCCAGGUCCUGGCACUCCUAUGGGACCUUAUAAUCCUGCUCCUUAUAAUCCAGGACCCCCUGGUCCUGCACCCCAUGGUCCACCAGCACCAUAUGCCCCACAAGGUUGGGGUAAUGCCUAUCCACACUGGCAGCCACCAAACCCACCAGAUCCAGGUAAGCCAGGAACAGACCCCAAUUCUGCAGCAUGGGCUGCUUAUUAUGCUCACUACUAUCAGCAGCAAGCACAGCCACCACCUGCAGCUCCUCCUGCUGGACCAGCUCCAACUCAAACUAAUGGACAAGGAGAUCAGCCAAAUCCAGCACCAGCAGGGCAAGUUGAUUAUACAAAGGCAUGGGAAGAAUACUACAAAAAAAUGGGUCAACAAGGGCAGCCACAAGAUUAUUCAAAGGCUUGGGAGGAAUAUUACAAGAAGCAAGGUCAGGCAGUUCCAGCACCAGCCGGGGCCCCACCAGGUGGUCAGCCUGAUUACAGUGCAGCAUGGGCUGAAUAUUACAGACAACAGGCAGCAUAUUAUGCCCAGACAAGUCCACAGGGAAUGCCACAGCAUCCUCCAGCACCACAGUGCCUUCCCAGACCUUCCACCUUAGGUUCUGCUGCAAAAAGCAACAGUGCUGAAGAUGCUGCAAGCACCAAAUCAUAGCUCAUAGAAUCAGGUCCUGAGAUAGUUACUACCAUUAAAGAGGAAUCCUUUGAGUGUAUGCCAUUGGUGAGCCGAUGAGCAUGGACCAUAGAAGGGCUCCAUGUAGAAGGUAACAUUGGCAAAAAAAAUAACAAGAUUUGAAAUGUAUCCCAUUCAUAAUGGUGUAGGGAUUAUUUUUUUUGUUUGAUCACUUUUCAUUCUUUUAAAGUGCUAUUUUCUUUACCAUAAAUGUUCCAUAAUCUGUUAAGUUUUUUAAACUGUGGUUAAUAAUAUAAGCCAUCUAUUUUGAUUUACAUUAUUCUAAACGGUCAAGUUUAGAUAUAUUGACUUUCUGAACUAAAUUAAUAUUUGUACUUGAAUCUCUUUAAGCCACUUCAUUUUGGUUGACAUGUAGUUUUGAUAAUGUAAUUCAGACUUUAUUUUUUUCAUGGGAAGAGCUAGGUAUGUACCAGUUUAAAUCCAAGAAUUUAUUGUUGGGUGGGUCUUCUCUUUCAGUUCCUUUUAAACGUGCUACUAUUUUAUUUCACUGCAAUAUUUUUUUAAUUACUAAGAUCAUAAACUGUAGUAAAAAUAAAAAGCAGGAGGAAAGACAAAAGCCAUUUUAUUGGAUAGCUGCUGGAGCAUGAAAGAUGAGAUGAACCUGCCUUAGUUUAGUGUCUGAGGUGGUUUGUUUGUUUUUUGUUUUUUUUUUUUCAGCUCACUUAGCUGCUGGACUUACAGGCAUGUAACUGUUGAAUGGUGUUAGUUCAGUCUCAAAACUGAGACUUCCAGAAGACGGAAAAUAAAUUGGAAUAUGAUCAGAUAGGGGAGUUUUUGAGAAUUAUUUUAGAAAACUAGAACUUUCCAAAAUGGGACUUUUAAAUAAAUAUUUCUUUGUUAAAAACUAUGAAUGAGCUUAGAAAGUGAAGAGUUUUUUUCCAGUUUAAGGGGAAGUAGGGAAGCAUUAAUGUUUGAAGUCGUAAAAGUAUUUUCAGAUCACUUUCUUCAGUCUAUACUAUACUGUAGGAAAUGAUGUGAAAUAAAAUAUCAGCUAGAAGGAUAAUAUUUAUCGAAUCAUUAUAUGUAGUGUAUUAUAGUGUCAGGAAGGUGGUAUUAUUUACUGAAUAGCCUUUAUUACUUGAAAUACUUUGGUUUUCUAUUAUAGUAUUUUAGUUUCUACUAUCCAACAUUUACUUCCAUCCUGUCCCACACAAAGUAGCCUUUAGGUUUCUCUUGCAUGCUGUAAAUUGAUUAGGAAGAAACUGACUAUUCUAGAAAGCACACCGUUGACAGGGUUCCCUUUUCCCUAGUAAUACUCUAUACAGCUCAUAUGUAUAUGCACAAAUAUUUCUCUUAUGUGCACGUGAAAUGCAUUUUCGUCCUGAGAAAAGUGUUCUCUACAGAAACUACCCGUGUGUAAAAAGAAGAUUGGCUUUAAAAGGCAACUGUGAUGGGAACAGUGUCUUAGGGAGAUGCAGCUUGGACUUGAGGUAAAUUGAAUGCUUUACAAAAUGUGGUUUUGAGCUUGCAUUGGCAUUGUAUGUAAUAUAGGUACACAUUAAUUGUAUAAUGGUUUUGUAUGGUUUAUGGCUUUCUCAAUAAAUGUAAACUGAUUAAUAGUACAAA